UUGCCACUCACUAUCGAUCCACACCCUGAUCAUCUUGCUCGCGCCGGUCGUCUCAGAUGAAAAAUUUCCACAUCAGUUCACACUCCAAAUCCUCCGCCCGGUAGCUUCCCGAGAGGAGGGGGAGCGUUUCUUCUGUUCAUCGAAUUAGCAUUUCGUCAAUCGAUCGAUCGGAGCGCGGCGAACAGGGGCGGCGGCAGGAGGAAGAGCGGCGACGAAGUUGGAUGGAAGAGACGACGAUGGAGAUUCGAGGAGAAGGAGGAGGAGGUUUCAUGGAGUUCAUGGUUUAAGAUAAUUCUAGCUGUUUUCUGCUCCAGAGCUGGAUUCUGGAGUCCUGCAAAUUAUAUGAAGGCCGUUUUCUUUGGGUUUUUGCUCAACUAGCUUAAAGUGAUGGCAGGAAAUGUGAGGUUUGAGUCCACAAACUCAGCUAUUCAAGAUGAGUUAGCAUUUGGGGGGAGCUACGGCAAUGGACAGAGGAUAAGCCAGACGAAUGGCAGUGUGGAUAGGUCUGGAAACUAUCGUGAUGGAGGAGAGGGCCGGAUGUUUGGCUUGGGUUCUACUUCAUCCCGAGGCAUUGCUUCGUCCACUGGGGAUCCACCUACAUUAUCUCAGUUUUUAUUGUUGGAUCCUAUAAAAUUGGGAGAGCAAAAGUAUCCUCGUCCAGAAGAGUUAAAAAAGGUUCUCGAGAUGUUAUUUGGGAUGAAUGUAGAAGACAACUCGUUUGGAUCUGCUCGUUUAAAGCAUCCCUUGGCCGUGGAGGAGCUUAAGCGGUUCAGAGCUUGUGUCCUGGAAGCAUCUAAUAAGGCUAGGGUUAGAGCAAGAAGGAUGGAUGAAUCCUGGCACAAAUUGAACAAGUACUGUGAGUCCCAGGUCCAGAAGAAGCAAAUUCGGAAUGAGAUCUUAACUAACGAAAGGCCUGCUGUGCCUAACCUGCUGAAGAAGGGAAGUCAGGUUCAUCGAAAUUCUUCAGAUGCUGUGAAUCAGAGACUUGAAGACAGGGCAAAAAACAACGUUCUUAAUAAGCGGGUUCGAACUUCAGUUGCCGAAUUAAGGGCUGAAGGCCGGACUAACAAUGUUAUGAGGCAGCCUCCUCCCUUGGGGAGAGAUAGAGAUUUGCUUAGGGAUGGAGGUGAAGCUUCUGAUCUAGUUGAAGAAAAAAUUCGCAAACUACCAACUGGAGAAUCAUGGGACAGAAGGAUGAAAAGGAAGCGGUCUGUGGGUACAGUUUUAACUAGACCCUUGGAUGGUGAAGGAGAGCUUAAACGUGUCAUGCUGCAUAAGCUGAAUAAUGAGCCCGGAGUGCAAUCAUCCGAGUCCCAAAGUGUCAGAUCAGGUUCUUCUAGUGGUAUUAGUGGCACAAACAAGUGCGAUGGAAGUUCUUUGCCUAUCAGUUCAAGUGUGCGGAUUAUUCCCAAGGCUGAGCCUGAAAAGAAGCCCACUCUUUAUAGGGAUUCUACUGGUGGACAAGCAAAGGACCGACUACUAGUUAAAGGAAAUAAUAAAUUAAAUGUUCGUGAAGAUAAUCAUGUAGCUGGUCCUUAUUCGCUGGCAAAAGGAAAGGGCUCAAGGGCACCCAGGUCUGGCUCUACUACGGCUGGAAGUUCAUCUCCUAGUCUUUCACGCAUGUCUGGAGCUCUUGAUGGCUGGGAACAACCUCCAAGUGCAAAUAAAUUUCAGUCAGUAAAUGGGGCUAACAAUCGCAAGCGUCCCAUGCCCAGUGGAUCAUCUUCUCCUCCCAUGGCUCAAUGGGUUGGCCAGAGGCCACAGAAAAUAUCCCGUACUAGAAGAUCUAAUCUGCUAUCACCUGUUUCAAAUCAUGAUGAUGUGCAGGGGUCUGAAGGUUCUCCUUCAGAUUUAGGUGGUAGAAUAGCUUCUCCUGUUGCAGGUGGUUCGUUUCUUUCAAGGAACUUGUCUAUUGGUAGUCAUCAAGUUAGGGUGAAACAGGAAGUUGUGUCGUCUCCUGCUAGGUUAUCUGAGAGUGAAGAAUCUGGUGCUGGUGAAAAUCAUGACAGUCAGUUGAAAGAGAAAGGAUCAGUGUGUCGGGAACCAGAAGAAAGAAUGUUGGCUCCUGCUGCUCAGAAUAAUGUUCCUAACAUCUUUCAUUCAGUCAAGAACAAGGUACUUAUCAAGGAAGAAACUGGGGACUCUGGUAGAAGACAGGGAAGAAGCGGUAGAGGUUCAUCAUUUUCGAGGGUUUCUGUUUCACCAGCGAGGGAAAAAUUGGAGACUCCAACUUUGACUAAACCACUUAAAAUUGCAAGGCUCGGUUCUGAGAAAAACGGAAGCAAGUCAGGACGCCCCCCACUGAAAAAGUUAUCUGAUCGUAAGGCCUUCAGCCGAGUUUCACAAACAUCAGUUGGUGGUUCCCCUGAUUGUACAGGUGAAUCGGAUGAUGACCGUGAAGAACUCUUAGAAGCUGCGAAUUAUGCUUGUAACCCAAGCUAUGUUUGCUGUUCUAGUACAUUUUGGUGGAAAGUGGAAUUUUUAUUUGCUUCCCUCAGCCAAGAGGAUGAAUCCUUUUUGAAGCAGCAGAUAAUCCUAGACAAGAAUGAUGAAAGCUUCUCUGAAGUAUUGGACCACGAGAACACAAUUUCGGGUGCUUUUGUGGCAGAGGAGGAUUCAUCACCUCAGGCACUUGGUUCUGGAAGAAAAAACCAAUUCUCGCUUACUGAAAGCGAACCACAAAACAUGGUUAGAAAGGUCGAUCAGGUUGAUGAAGCGGAGGACUUCGUGACUUUAAGUGGAAAAUUAGAAUCAGAAAAGAGAAAAAUCGUUACUCCGCUAUACCAAAGAGUAUUAUCAGCUUUAAUAGUUGAAGAUGAAAUGGAGGAGUUCCAAGAAAGUAGAGGGACAAAUAUGUUUUCACAAUAUGGGGGAGAUGACUUUCCUGAUGUUAUACAUCCCUCUGUUGAUAUUGAGCCUGAAAACUCCAUUGGAAUUGCAUUUGAAUCUGAGUUGGAUCUAAAAACUCAACAAAGGGCUGGUCGUAGAUUUUCUUGCAAUGGAAGCACGACCUUCAAUUUGGGAUCGAGGCGUGACAGUCAGUCCUUUAAUGAUCAAGCAGAUCAUGGAUAUCAACCAUUAAACAAUGGAUACUUCUCCAAGCUUCACGAAAAUGGUCUUGUUGGACCCCUAGGCAUGCAUUUGAAGGAGUCUAAUGUCUCUGUCUUUAAUUGCCAGUAUGAACAGAUGUCUGUGGAGAAUAGACUCAUGCUGGAGCUCCAGAGCAUUGGAUUGUAUCCCGAAACAGUGCCUGAUCUAGCAGAUGGGGAAGAGGAUACAAUAAAUCAAGAAAUUCUUGAAUUAGAGAAGAAACUUAACCAGCAGGUUGUUAAAGCAAAAAUUCAUGGAAACAAAAUAAUCAAAGCAAUCGAGGAAGGCAGAAAAACGGAAGAACGGUCCCGUGAACAGUUGGCGAUGGACCGGCUUGUUCAGUUGGCUUGUUUAAAGCAGUUGGCCACUCGAGGCAGUAGCGCUGCAAAAUUGGGGAUCCCCAAGGUAUCAAAACAAGUUGCUUCAGCUUUCAUGAAAAGAACUCUUGCUAGAUGUCGAAGAUUUGAAGAUACACAAAAAAGUUGCUUCAGUGAGCCUGCACUUCGAGACAUUCUAACUCGACCUUCUAACCGAAUUGAUGCUGAUGUUAUGAAUGGUUCCUUUCCUGGUGAAGCUCAUCAAAAUGGUGUGCAGAAUCAUAAAAGUGGAAGGGGAUUACUUCAUUCUUCCAACCAGGAUUUCACCCGAACGGGGCCAAUAGUGAAUAGAGGGAAGAAGAAAGAAGUGUUACUUGAUGAUGUAGGAAGUGCUUGCAUGAGAGUUGUAUCAACCAUGGGUAACAAUUCAUUAGGUGGAGUUAAGGGGAAACGAAGUGAGAGAGAAAGGGACAAGGAUAUGUCAUCUAGAUUGUGUGUUACCAAAGCUGGGCGUUCAUCUGCUGGGGAUUUUCGGGGUGAGCGUAAAACAAAAACAAAGCCCAAGCAGAAGACAGCUCAGCUAUCUCCUGCAGGAAAUAGAAUAGGCAAGUUAACGGAUGGAACUUAUUCCGAUAACCCUGCUAGUAGGGUGUCCAAUGAAGUUGCAAAUGGUAGCACGAAAAAGGAAUUUACCGUGGUAUUGCCCCUUAAUAAUGCUACCCCUCACCCGUCAAAGGAUCUUAGUGAACGUACAGAUUUCACGAAUCUUCAGUUACAUGAUUUAGAUUCCAUGGAGUUAGGUGUGGGCAAUGAACUUGGUGGCCCUCAAGAUCUCGAUUCUUGGUUGAACAUUGACGAAGAUGGAUUUCAAGAUCAUGAUGCAGUGGGCCUCGACAUACCCAUGGACGACCUCUCUGAGUUAAAUAUGCUUUUAUAGCUAUUGUGUAGUUUCAUUUUUUUCCCCCUUGACUGGAAUUUAGAGCUCUAUACUUUAGUUGGGUGGGGAGCUCUCAUGUGUACCUGUGAACAGAUUGGCAUUUGCUAGCACUGUCAUUCAAUUCUUUCACUUCUUGAGACAGGAGAGCGGGCGAACGAGGUCGUAAUUGUGUAUGUAACCAGAUAACUUAUUUCAUAUGCAAACAAAAGAAUUUUCUCGGAAGAUUUGUCCAUGAUGCAGAGAACAGAAGGUAGGGUAACUAGUUUCGUUCUUUUGACUAUCCCAAGAGCCGAUGCAAGGAUCAGCGGGAUGCCGUAGCUUUAAGAGAGGGGCGGAUACUUGCCAUGAUAUUAAUGAUAUAUUUGCUAGUGAUGCUGAAGAUAUGAAAGCCUUGCCGUUUACCUCUACUGCUUGUCAUAGUGCGAAGUCCCAUACUUGUGUGUACAGGAAAGCUUCUAUCAUUGAAGGACCGAGCCUCCGGACGAAGUACGUGAAGCAUCACGAGGUCCAGUUCCAGCAGGACAGAUAAAUGCAGCUCGAUUCAGAUCUCGAAAACUGCUGUCAUGGGGGAAACAAUUGCCAAAGCCAAAGGCCUUAAAUAAAGGUCCAGAAAACAGUAAGCUUGCUGGUGCUGUCAAUAUGUUGAAAUGUCUUGUAAACUUGUAAAGAGGUAAGCAAUUGCUCCAGGAAAUAUUAUAUUUGUUGGUAGCGAGCAGGAUAAUGGAAGUAGCAGGGACUAAGUUCCUUACUAUGCUUGCUUUCUUUUUGAAGAAUAUCCGUAUGUAGUUUCUUACUUGUAAUCAGUAUCUUAUUUACUAAGUUAUGUUCGGAUUGAUAUUGAUAUCGGUUCGUUUCUUACUU